GAAACACUUGCCCGCAGGUACCAAUUGGAACUAUUUCGGCGGUUGCUCUUCAGCUACCCGUAAACGAGGCGGCUCCUCUCCAUCCGUCGAUUCCAUCUUCCUUUCCUACCUGCGAUAAAACCGAUUGAUCACAGUAUCGUUUUAGCACUCAGCAUGUCCUCCCUAUAAAGUCCUCGUGCCCACCAGAAUGUAUCAUACCUGAAAUUUCAAGAAAAAAAUUCAUAAUUUUACCCAUUUCCUUUGCCCCAACCCUUCCCAUAAUCCCACCUUUUUUCUCAUAAGCUUCGGAUAAAGCCAAUCGAGGAGCAGGAAAACAAGGAUCACCGUAUCGACAAGGACCAAGAACAAACAUUGUUCUUCGGAUCGAAACAGAAAACCUCAUGAGGCUCUUCCUAAUUCCCAUCUCGACUCGGCGCACUCUUGUCUACGCCCAGCGUCUGAACAAGAUAACUCAUGCAGAACCAUCCUACGCUGAUAAAGCCUCGGCGUGAGUUAACCUCACUAUCUUCGCCAUGUCGCUAUCCUUUUCACUGAUGAUGGUUUACGCCGCAGCAAGGCUGCCAAUGUUUGGUUUCAAUGGGUUUGCUCGCCUCUCCCGUCUUCCCAGAGCUACCUAUCUAUCUAUAUCUGAACGAAAAAAUAUAUACAUAUAUAAAUCUGCUACAUGAAGAAGUUCACGACCUGAUACCACUCCCUCUCGGACGAUAGGAAACCGGAAAAGCUGGCUGGCAACGAUGGAUUACGGAUGCAGGCAACAAACUUUUCAACAGGAUACCCCACGAGGAAUGGUUCGUAGAUACACGCUUUCGCUCCGCUUUUUACCUAUCUUCUUUUUUCAUGACCAAGAUCCGUGAUAUAGGAGUCUGAAAUCUAUACCGCCUCUAUCUGCGCGCCGACGAGACGGGGGGGUCGACAAGCAGAAGAUAGAAGUGCUAUAUCCACCUUCGGUCAUUGAGGAGAAGAAUGUCUCGUCUAUACUGCAAAGACUCUCUACCGAGCGUAACCAGAUUCACCGUACCCGGAUGAUCUGGUCCAUAGUUGGAAUGCCUAUUGUCGCUCCGUUUGCUAUUGUUCCCGUCAUCCCAAACGUAUGGCACCCGGUUCUGAUUCCUAUCCAUACUCAAAUACUCACACUAAUGGAAUUCAAUAGAUCCCCUUUUUCUAUCUCUUGUAUAGAGCCUUCUCUCACUGGAAAGGUAAUUACCUCUUGAGAUAGUCCAAGAAGAUAAUAUUAACAUCGUGAUGAAGCAUUAUCUGGUGCAAAACACCUAGAGUUCUUGCUUAGCCGAAAUCUUCUUGCCCCUACUCCAGCAACCUCCCUAGAAUCGGUAUAUAGACCGAUAAUGUUGAGGAUGGAAUCUGGGAAGAAGGAAAGCUGCAAGCUGGCGCAUGAGGUUAUGCUACUUCGGAAAGGCCACGCCCAAGAGGUAGGCACUGCAAUAAGCUCUACAAACGUUCCAGUAUGCUGACAUUCGGCUCGCUUUCAGAUUGCAUCUGUCACAGGAAUUCCCGCCUUGGCCACAGAAUGCGAACGCGCCUAUAAGCAAGUGGAGGAACACAUAAAAGAGGACCUGAAGAAGAAGAAACUGGAAUGAUAGUGGAGCACUCAUGAGCAUUAGGUAGGCCUGUAAAUCCCACAUCGCAGCUCAUUGUAUCAUAUUUCUAUGCUGAGUGCGUGAAGACAGGUUGCUAGAUAGAUAGGUUAACGGUUAUGGAAAAACGUGAGGACAAAUUUCGUGCGUGAACAAAUUUCCCUUGAAUGGGCAGGAAUAGGCAGCGAAUCUGGGGUGACAAACAAUUCCGCUUUCUAAAAAUCUAGUAAAAAUACUGGUGCGAGUACAGUGUCAAUGCAAGGCAGCCCGAAAAACCCCGACCCAAACCUUCAAGCACCUAAGGCAUCAUACCGAAGCUUGGGCCUCGAAUCUACCACCAAUCCUAGUUCCUUUCUGCAGUCCUCCUAAGCCUUAAACCAUCGCCAGGUAAAUUGCGCUAAUGGUCGUUAACCCAAGAACAGUGUACCCAGUCCUGUAGACAUCUUUGAUAUCCAACGCCUUGCCAGUAUCCCAGAGCAAAUGCCUAAUCCCAUUCCAAGAGUGAUAAGAAAACGGCAAGGCAACAGCAAGCUUAAUGCCAAACUUGGCCGCAGCCGGUAGCCCUGAGAAUGCCGCUGCGAUAGUAGCGCUGUCAAAAUGCCAUCCGAACGCCGGCGCCACAGCGUACGCGGCGAAGAAGCCAUAUGCACCCACCGAGAGAACGGAACCAGUAAUCCUGUUCGCAGCGGACCCGUACCAGGUCAGUUGCGGCUGGUAAAUGCUUAGGUGCGGGGAUAUAGGCCGCUGCUUGCGCUGGGCGACCAGGAUUGCGCAGGCGUCGUCCGGGGAGACAUUCUGUGCGGGAACGGAGGUGGAGGUUGUGAUGAGGCUAUGACCGAUAAGCAAAAGAAAGGAAGAGUUAUCAUACGGUGGUUAGAAUGAGCCCAGGCAAUUCGAGACAGGGGUUCUAGGUUCGGUGGCCAUACCGGAAUUGGCUCGCCACAAGAGAGUUCCUUGCUAUGAAGAACGGCUUUGGCAGCGCCGAUGCUGUGACUAUCAUUACAUUCAAUCCAAUCAGUCUUCUUUCUCUUGCGCUCGGCGCAUUGUGCAGGGGUGCGGGACGUACGACGGGUGGAAAAUCUGAACAUGAUUGUUUGCUACCGUAUGUCAGAGUAGCAAGUGAGGCGC